AUGGGGCUAUUCGACUUCCUGAAGCCUGUAGAAGACUCCCUCCCUCUAGUUUCUUCUGAUCUCUUGGCUCGCAGCAAGAACAGCAGCGACCGUCGAGUCCCGACGGGCCAUGGAAGGUGUAGGAGGAGCCAGGGGCUCAACAUGUCUGAGCAGCCUCACUCGCAGAAGCUGCUGGACGAGGAGACGGGAAAGAACUACUUCUGGAACACUGAGACCGGAGAGACGACGUGGGACAGUCCGUUGGUGGAGAAGACAGGUGACACACGGCAGACAGAAGCUCUGCCGUUCCCUGUGGACUUGCUAGCGGGAACAUACCUUGAGGGCAGGCAGCUUUCAUGUAUCUUCCAGGCGUCUCGGGACGGAUGGUCAGCGAGCAAGUUCCAUUCCUUGUGCGACAACAGGGGUCCUUGCGUCGUCUACUGCGAGACGGAGCAGGGGAGCAGGUUCGGAGCCUUCAACCCUGAUGGAUGGUGCUCCGACGACGACUAUCGCUACAACCUCAACACCUUCCUCUUCUUCUGGCCGGCAAAGGAUGGUGCGGGUCCUGUCAAGCUGCCCAAGGUGGGAGGAGGAGACACAGCGCUCUUCGAUUAUGCUCGGUCUGGGCCUCACUUCGGUGCCGAUGGACUCGUUAUCGGAGCGGGACAAGCUGCUGUCACCGGUCUGUUUGCAGGGCCAGACUUCAGCGAUAGUGACAAGACGCAAGGACAACUGAAGGAUGUCAUUUCCCGGCUUGGACAGAGUUACGCGAGGAUCCCGAAGGAGUUCGGUCAGACGAGCAUUCUAGGAGGCGACCGCGAGAGCGCCCGACUUGCCGAAAUGAAGGUUUACGCAGCCCCAGAGCUCUUCUGA